AUGUUCUACUACAUUUGUAUCUUUAUAGUUACAACUGGCACAGAAGGAACAUCACCAACAGUUUCAGUUUGUGCCGAGGUUAAAGGUAUGGAGGACCCUGCUAUUAUUCCAACUUCCAGUAUAACAGCACCAGGCGUUUCCAAUCCCGAAAACCUUAGACCAGGAACUGCAACCACAGCUACAUUCCCUGCCCAAACUUCGCCAAUUAGUGUAACAAUCGAUUUGGCACCCAUCACUGAUGAAACGGUAGAAAUUAAAUCAGUGGAACUUGUAUCACCACAGAAUGUAGGAUCUAUCAGGGUAUUUGUAAUUGCAACUGGUGGUUCAGAAACAGAAGCAACUUAUUUGACUGCAACUGAUUUAUCAGCACCCAUUCCUAAAGCUACCUUCCCUGCUGGUACGGAAGCUGCACAAAUCAGAGUCGAAGUAACCCAAACCAAUAACGAUUCCGAAACAAGUUUCUCUCUUGAUGUUAGAGCAUGUUUCGAAGAAACAAGUGUGUCCGGCACAUCACCCACUGAAGCAGGAACAUCACCCACUGAAGCAGGAACAUCUCCUACAGUUGGAACAACUACACCACGAUGUCUUGUGACAGAAGGAAUGGAAAGUCCAACAGUUAUACCAGCUAAAUACCUAGAACAACCAUCUGGAUUCCCAUCGACAGAUGAUCCAGAGAAUCUGAGACCAGGUGGUGAUCAAUUUACAAUUAACCCAUCGGAUGCUCCUACCAACGUCACAUUUAAACUUACUGAUGAUGUUGAGCCCGUUGAUCUGUCAGAAGUAAAACUUCCUGCCAAUGACAAUGUGCAAACAUUUAGAGUAUUUGGACGAACGGGACCUUCAGCACCAUGGACACUACUUGAAUCUACUGAUAAUGAUACCACUGAUGAUUCUCUUAAAUUCCCACCUGAAGUCGUUGUCACAGAGAUUAUGGUUGAAAUAACACCAACGGAUUCGGACAAACCAGUGACGAUUGAUGUUAGUGUGCACGCCUGUUUUGUAGUUACAACUGGCACAGAAGGAACAUCACCAACAGGCCCACCACAAUUGACAUCACCGACUGAACUAAUAGCACAGCCAUCACCAACUGGCCCGACAGAAGCUACUCCACCAACUCAACCAACAUCACCAACAGCACGGUGUCAGGAGGUUAAUGGUAUGGAAAACCCCGCACUUAUACCAACCAGCAGUGUGGAAGGUUUGAAGCCUGAGGACGUAGAAAAACUUAAUCCAAACAAUGGUCCUUUAACAAUAUUAAUAGAAAAUGUGACACUUGUUUUUACGGUCGAUCUAACGCCAAAUGCAAAUGAUGAAGUUGAGUUGGGAUCUGCUGCUUUUAUUAACGCAGAAAAAAUUUCUAGUGUUGAAAUAACACUGAUAGAUUCGAAUGGUGCGGAGACACAAGUAACAAAUGCACCUGGAGUUUCUGAACCGACACUUAGCGUACAAUUCCCAGCAACAACUAAAGCUGACAAGAUAAGAUUCACUGUGACACCUUCGGUUGUUGGCGAACCGAUUAAAUUCAGCUUAGAUAUAAGAGCCUGUUUUGAGGAGACCGCCACAACACCAACUUCACAAACAGUUCAGCCUGGAACAUCACCAACUGUUGGUCCACCUGGUACAGUAACAUCAACACGACCACCAGAAGCUUCACCAACAGCACCAGGAACUUCACCAACUGCACCCGGAACUUCGCCAACUGUGCCCGGAACCUCUCCCACAGCACCAGGAACUUCGCCAACGGCAGCCGGAACUUCUCCAACUGUACCCGGAACUUCACCGACUGCGCCUGGAACUUCUCCCACAGCACCAGGAACUUCACCAACUGCACCCGGAACUUCGCCAACUGUGCCCGGAACUUCUCCCACAGCUCCUGGAACUUCGCCCACUGCACCUGGAACUUCGCCCACAGAGAGAUGCGAAGAGAUAAAUGGAAUGGAGAAUCCAGCAUUGAUACCAAGUUCAAGUGUUGAGGGUUUAACGCCUGACCAAGUGGAUAAUCUAAGAACAAGCGAUGUCCCGUUAUCUAUCAUGCCCGACGGCAUCAGUCCUAUACUAUUUACCAUAGAUCUUUCACCUAAUACCGAUGAGGGUGUCGAUCUGGGAUCUAUCACAUUCCCGAAUGCUGAGAAUAUCGAAUCUAUAGAAAUAGCGCUGAUUGAUUCACAGGGCAAUGAAACUCCUGUAACAGACCAAGCUGGUCUCCAGGACCCGAUACCAAAAGCUGAUUUCCCUCCAGAAACCAAAGCUCAAAAGAUACGAGUAACUAUUUUGCCAACAAAUGCUUCAGCAGCUGUUAAAUUUAAUUUGGAUGUAAGAGCAUGUUUUGAAGAGACUGCCACAGAAGGAACAUCUCCCACAGCACCUGGAACAUCCCCAACUACAGCGCCAACUGCAACAUCACCUACUGCUCCACCACCCGGAACGUCCCCUACUGCUCCACCACCUGGAACAUCCCCAACUGCUCCACCACCAGGAACAUCGCCAACAGCAGCGCCACCUGGUACAUCACCUACUGCUCUACCACCUGGAACAUCGCCUACUGCUCCUCCGCCUGGAACAUCACCUACUGUCCCUCCUCCAGGAACUUCACCUACUGCAGCACCACCAGGAACAUCGCCUACUGCACCGCCACCAGGUACUUCUCCAUCUGUCCCACCACCCGGCACAUCGCCUACAGCACCAGAAACUUCCCCAACUGGACCCGGGACUUCACCAACUGUGCCAGGAACUUCUCCCACAGUUGUCUGUACUGAAGUAAAUGGAAUGGAUAAUCCUGCUAUUAUCCCUACAUCAAGUAUUACAACUGUGCCAGCAGCAACUGAUGUAGAAAACCUGAGACCAGCAAGUACAGACCCAGCCACCUUCCCUGCUGGAAGUACACCAGAUGUAACAAUUGAUUUGACACCAGUCACAAAUGAAGAGGUAGAACUUAAAUCAGUGCAGCUUGUAUCGCCCGAUAAUGUUCAAUCUAUUAGAGUAUUUGUAACUCCAACUGGCGGUUCAGAAACAGAAGCUGCAUACUUGAACCCAGCUGAUUUAUCGUUACCUAUCCCUAAAGCUUCAUUCCCUGCUGGAACAGUAGCCGAAAAAAUCAGAAUCGAAGUAACACCAACCUCUUCAGGCCAGCCUACUUCUUUUAAGAUUGAUGUCAGAGCGUGCUUUGAAGAAACAGCCGGACUCGGUACAUCACCUACAGUAGCAAUUGGAACAUCACCUACAGUGGCAAUUGGGACAUCACCAACCUUGGGAUCAACUACACCACGAUGUGUUGUAACAGAAGGAAUGGGAAGCCCAACAGUUAUACCUGAUACUUACCUUGAACAAGAACCUGCCUUCCCAUCGACAGAUAACCCAGCAGAUCUGAGACCAGGCGAUGAUCCAUUUACAAUUAACCCAUCGGACACGCCUACCAACGUCACAUUGAAAGUUACUGGGGGUGAACCCGUUGAUCUGUCAGAAGUAAAUCUUCCAGUCAGGGAAAAUGUCAAGACAUUUAGAGUAUUUGGACGCACGGGACCUUCAGCACCAUGGACCCUACUUGAAUCUACUGAUGAUGAUCCUUCAGACGGUAUUCUUACAUUCCCACCGGAAGUAGUUGUCACAGAUAUUUUGGUAGAGAUAACACCCACAAACAUUACCGAACCAAUUAAUAUUGAUGUUAGUGUACACGCUUGCUUCGUAGUGACAACUGGUACACCAGGAACAUCGCCAACAGGACCACCAGUAGUAACUUCACCUACAUUGCCAGUAGAAGCUGAAUCACCAACUGCAACACAAGGAACGCCACCACCAGUGCCAUCAUCACCCACAGCACCUGGAACAUCACCUACAGCAGCGCCACCUGGAACAUCGCCUACUGCUCCACCACCAGGGACAUCCCCAACAACAGCGCCACCUGCAACAUCACCUACUGCUCCACCACCUGGAACGUCACCUACUGCGCCAACACCUGGAACAUCCCCGUCUGCUCCACCACCUGGAACAUCCCCAUCUGCUCCACCACCUGGCACAUCACCCUCUGUCCCACCACCUGGAACAUCACCUACUGCGCCACCACCAGCAACAUCACCUACUGUUCAACCACCUGGAACAUCCCCUACUGCACGGCCAACUGCUCCACCAACCGGCCUAUCGCCUGCAGCACCAGGAACUUCGCCAACAGCACCCGUAACUUCUCCAACUGUACCCGGAACUUCACCGACAGCGCCUGGAACUUCUCCCACAGCACCAGGAACAUCACCAACUGCACCCGGAACUUCGCCAACUGUACCCGGAACUUCUCCCACAGAGAGAUGCGAGGAGAUAAAUGGAAUGGAGAAACCAGCAUUUAUACCAAGUUCAAGUGUUGAGGGUUUGACACCUGACCAAGUGGAUAAUCUAAGGACAAGCGAUGUCCCAUUAUCUAUCAUACCCAACGGCAGCAAUCCUAUACUAUUUACCAUAGAUCUUUCACCUAAUACCGAUGAGGAUGUCGAUCUGGGAUCCAUCACAUUCCCGAAUGCUGAGAAUUUCGAAUCCAUAGAAAUAGUGCUGAUUGAUUCACAGGGCAAUGAAACUCCUGUAACAGAUCAAGCUGGUCUCCAGGACCCGAUACCAAAAGCUGAUUUCCCUCCAGAAACCAAAGCUCAAAAGAUACGAGUUACUAUUGUGCCAACAAACUCUACAGCUGCUGUUAAAUUUAAUUUGGAUGUAAGAGCAUGUUUUGAAGAGACUGCCACAGCAGGAACAUCUCCCACAGCACCUGGAACAUCCCCAACUACAGCGCCAACUGCAACAUCACCUACUGCUCCACCACCCGGAACGUCCCCUACUGCUCCACCACCUGGAACAUCCCCAACUGCUCCACCACCAGGAACAUCGCCAACAGCAGCGCCACCUGGUACAUCACCUACUGCUCUACCACCUGGAACAUCGCCUACUGCUCCUCCGCCUGGAACAUCACCUACUGUCCCUCCUCCAGGAACUUCACCUACUGCAGCACCACCAGGAACAUCGCCUACUGCACCGCCACCAGGUACUUCUCCAUCUGUCCCACCACCCGGCACAUCGCCUACAGCACCAGAAACUUCCCCAACUGGACCCGGGACUUCACCAACUGUGCCAGGAACUUCUCCCACAGUUGUCUGUACUGAAGUAAAUGGAAUGGAUAAUCCUGCUAUUAUCCCUACAUCAAGUAUUACAACUGUGCCAGCAGCAACUGAUGUAGAAAACCUGAGACCAGCAAGUACAGACCCAGCCACCUUCCCUGCUGGAAGUACACCAGAUGUAACAAUUGAUUUGACACCAGUCACAAAUGAAGAGGUAGAACUUAAAUCAGUGCAGCUUGUAUCGCCCGAUAAUGUUCAAUCUAUUAGAGUAUUUGUAACUCCAACUGGCGGUUCAGAAACAGAAGCUGCAUACUUGAACCCAGCUGAUUUAUCGUUACCUAUCCCUAAAGCUUCAUUCCCUGCUGGAACAGUAGCCGAAAAAAUCAGAAUCGAAGUAACACCAACCUCUUCAGGCCAGCCUACUUCUUUUAAGAUUGAUGUCAGAGCGUGCUUUGAAGAAACAGCCGGACUCGGUACAUCACCUACAGUAGCAAUUGGAACAUCACCUACAGUGGCAAUUGGGACAUCACCAACCUUGGGAUCAACUACACCACGAUGUGUUGUAACAGAAGGAAUGGGAAGCCCAACAGUUAUACCUGAUACUUACCUUGAACAAGAACCUGCCUUCCCAUCGACAGAUAACCCAGCAGAUCUGAGACCAGGCGAUGAUCCAUUUACAAUUAACCCAUCGGACACGCCUACCAACGUCACAUUGAAAGUUACUGGGGGUGAACCCGUUGAUCUGUCAGAAGUAAAUCUUCCAGUCAGGGAAAAUGUCAAGACAUUUAGAGUAUUUGGACGCACGGGACCUUCAGCACCAUGGACCCUACUUGAAUCUACUGAUGAUGAUCCUUCAGACGGUAUUCUUACAUUCCCACCGGAAGUAGUUGUCACAGAUAUUUUGGUAGAGAUAACACCCACAAACAUUACCGAACCAAUUAAUAUUGAUGUUAGUGUACACGCUUGCUUCGUAGUGACAACUGGUACACCAGGAACAUCGCCAACAGGACCACCAGUAGUAACUUCACCUACAUUGCCAGUAGAAGCUGAAUCACCAACUGCAACACAAGGAACGCCACCACCAGUGCCAUCAUCACCCACAGCACCUGGAACAUCACCUACAGCAGCGCCACCUGGAACAUCGCCUACUGCUCCACCACCAGGGACAUCCCCAACAACAGCGCCACCUGCAACAUCACCUACUGCUCCACCACCUGGAACGUCACCUACUGCGCCAACACCUGGAACAUCCCCGUCUGCUCCACCACCUGGAACAUCCCCAUCUGCUCCACCACCUGGCACAUCACCCUCUGUCCCACCACCUGGAACAUCACCUACUGCGCCACCACCAGCAACAUCACCUACUGUUCAACCACCUGGAACAUCCCCUACUGCACGGCCAACUGCUCCACCAACCGGCCUAUCGCCUGCAGCACCAGGAACUUCGCCAACAGCACCCGUAACUUCUCCAACUGUACCCGGAACUUCACCGACAGCGCCUGGAACUUCUCCCACAGCACCAGGAACAUCACCAACUGCACCCGGAACUUCGCCAACUGUACCCGGAACUUCUCCCACAGAGAGAUGCGAGGAGAUAAAUGGAAUGGAGAAACCAGCAUUUAUACCAAGUUCAAGUGUUGAGGGUUUGACACCUGACCAAGUGGAUAAUCUAAGGACAAGCGAUGUCCCAUUAUCUAUCAUACCCAACGGCAGCAAUCCUAUACUAUUUACCAUAGAUCUUUCACCUAAUACCGAUGAGGAUGUCGAUCUGGGAUCCAUCACAUUCCCGAAUGCUGAGAAUUUCGAAUCCAUAGAAAUAGUGCUGAUUGAUUCACAGGGCAAUGAAACUCCUGUAACAGAUCAAGCUGGUCUCCAGGACCCGAUACCAAAAGCUGAUUUCCCUCCAGAAACCAAAGCUCAAAAGAUACGAGUUACUAUUGUGCCAACAAACUCUACAGCUGCUGUUAAAUUUAAUUUGGAUGUAAGAGCAUGUUUUGAAGAGACUGCCACAGCAGGAACAUCUCCCACAGCACCUGGAACAUCCCCAACUACAGCGCCAACUGCAACAUCACCUACUGCUCCACCACCCGGAACGUCCCCUACUGCUCCACCACCUGGAACAUCCCCAACUGCUCCACCACCAGGAACAUCGCCAACAGCAGCGCCACCUGGUACAUCACCUACUGCUCUACCACCUGGAACAUCGCCUACUGCUCCUCCGCCUGGAACAUCACCUACUGUCCCUCCUCCAGGAACUUCACCUACUGCAGCACCACCAGGAACAUCGCCUACUGCACCGCCACCAGGUACUUCUCCAUCUGUCCCACCACCCGGCACAUCGCCUACAGCACCAGAAACUUCCCCAACUGGACCCGGGACUUCACCAACUGUGCCAGGAACUUCUCCCACAGUUGUCUGUACUGAAGUAAAUGGAAUGGAUAAUCCUGCUAUUAUCCCUACAUCAAGUAUUACAACUGUGCCAGCAGCAACUGAUGUAGAAAACCUGAGACCAGCAAGUACAGACACAGCCACCUUCCCUGCUGGAAGUACACCAGAUGUAACAAUUGAUUUGACACCAGUCACAAAUGAAGAGGUAGAACUUAAAUCAGUGCAGCUUGUAUCGCCCGAUAAUGUUCAAUCUAUUAGAGUAUUUGUAACUCCAACUGGCGGUUCAGAAACAGAAGCUGCAUACUUGAACCCAGCUGAUUUAUCGUUACCUAUCCCUAAAGCUUCAUUCCCUGCUGGAACAGUAGCCGAAAAAAUCAGAAUCGAAGUAACACCAACCUCUUCAGGCCAGCCUACUUCUUUUAAGAUUGAUGUCAGAGCGUGCUUUGAAGAAACAGCCGGACUCGGUACAUCACCUACAGUGACAAUUGGAACAUCACCUACAGUGGCAAUUGGGACAUCACCAACCUUGGGAUCAACUACACCACGAUGUGUUGUAACAGAAGGAAUGGGAAGCCCAACAGUUAUACCUGAUACUUACCUUGAACAAGAACCUGCCUUCCCAUCGACAGAUAACCCAGCAGAUCUGAGACCAGGCGAUGAUCCAUUUACAAUUAACCCAUCGGACACGCCUACCAACGUCACAUUGAAAGUUACUGGGGGUGAACCCGUUGAUCUGUCAGAAGUAAAUCUUCCAGUCAGGGAAAAUGUCAAGACAUUUAGAGUAUUUGGACGCACGGGACCUUCAGCACCAUGGACCCUACUUGAAUCUACUGAUGAUGAUCCUUCAGACGGUAUUCUUACAUUCCCACCGGAAGUAGUUGUCACAGAUAUUUUGGUAGAGAUAACACCCACAAACAUUACCGAACCAAUUAAUAUUGAUGUUAGUGUACACGCUUGCUUCGAAGUGACAACUGGUACACCAGGAACAUCGCCAACAGGACCACCAGUAGUUACUUCACCUACAUUGCCAGUGCAAUUUGAAUCACCAACUGCAACACAGGGAACACCACCACCAGUGCCAUCAUCACCCACAGCACCAGGAACUUCACCAACUGCACCCGGAACUUCGCCAACUGUGCCCGGAACUUCUCCCACAGCACCAGGAACUUCACCAACGGCACCCGGAACUUCUCCAACUGUACCCGGAAUUUCACCGACUGCGCCUGGAACUUCCCCCACUGCUCCACCACCUGGAACAUCACCUACUGCUCCACCGCCUGGAACAUCACCUACUGCCCCACCUCCUGGAACAUCGCCUACUGCUCCACCGUCUGGAACAUCACCUACUGCCCCACCUCCGGGAUCUUCACCUACUGCACCACCACCAGGAACAUCGCCCACUGCACCUCCACCAGGUACUUCUCCCUCUGUCCCACCGCCUGGCACAUCUCCUACAGCACCAGGAACUUCACCAACUGCACCCGGAACUUCGCCAACUGUGCCCGGAACUUCUCCCACAGAGAGAUGCGAAGAGACAAAUGGAAUGGAGAAUCCAGCAUUGAUACCAAGUUCAAGUGUUGAGGGUUUAACACCUGACCAAGUGGAUAAUCUAAGAACAAGCGAUGUCCCGUUAUCUAUCAUGCCGGACGGCAUCAGUCCUAUACUAUUUACCAUAGAUCUUUCACCUAAUACCGAUGUGGAUGUCGAUAUGGGAUCUAUCACAUUCCCGAAUGCUGAGAAUAUCGAAUCCAUAGAAAUAGUGCUGAUUGAUUCACAGCUCAAUGAAACUCCUGUAACAGACCAAGCUGGUCUCCAGGACCCGACACCAAAAGCUGAUUUCCCUCCAGAAACCAAAGCUCAAAAGAUACGAGUUACUAUUGUGCCAACAAACUCUUCAGCUGCUGUUAAAUUUGGUUUGGAUGUAAGAGCAUGUUUUGAAGAAACUGCCACAGCAGGAACAUCUCCCACAGCACCUGGAACAUCCCCAACUACAGCGCCAACCGCAACAUCACCUACUGCUCCACCACCCGGAACUUCCCCUACUGCUCCACCACCUGGUACAUCCCUAACUGCUCCACCACCAGGAACAUCGCCAACAGCAGCACCACCUGGUACAUCACCAACUGCUCUACCACCUGGAACAUCACCUACUGCUCCUCCGUCCGGAACAUCACCUACUGCCCCGCCUCCAGGAACCUCACCUACUGCAGCACCACCAGGAACAUCGCCUACUGCACCGCCACCAGGUACUUCUCCAUCUGUCCCACCACACGGCACAUCGCCUACAGCACCAGGAACUUCACCAACUGCACCCGGAGGAACUUCGCCAACUGUGCCCAGAACUUCUCCCACAGCACCAGGAACUUCACCAACUGCUCCAGGAACUUCGCCAACUGUGCCCGGAACUUCUCCCACAGCUCCUGGAACUUCGCCCACUGCACCCGGAACUUCGCCCACAGAGAGAUGCGAGGAGAUAAAUGGAAUGGAGAAACCAGCAUUUAUACCAAGUUCAAGUGUUGAGGGUUUGACACCUGACCAAGUGGAUAAUCUAAGGACAAGCGAUGUCCCAUUAUCUAUCAUACCCAACGGCAGCAAUCCUAUACUAUUUACCAUAGAUCUUUCACCUAAUACCGAUGAGGAUGUCGAUCUGGGAUCCAUCACAUUCCCGAAUGCUGAGAAUUUCGAAUCCAUAGAAAUAGUGCUGAUUGAUUCACAGGGCAAUGAAACUCCUGUAACAGAUCAAGCUGGUCUCCAGGACCCGAUACCAAAAGCUGAUUUCCCUCCAGAAACCAAAGCUCAAAAGAUACGAGUUACUAUUGUGCCAACAAACUCUACAGCUGCUGUUAAAUUUAAUUUGGAUGUAAGAGCAUGUUUUGAAGAGACUGCCACAGCAGGAACAUCUCCCACAGCACCUGGAACAUCCCCAACUACAGCGCCAACUGCAACAUCACCUACUGCUCCACCACCCGGAACGUCCCCUACUGCUCCACCACCUGGAACAUCCCCAACUGCUCCACCACCAGGAACAUCGCCAACAGCAGCGCCACCUGGUACAUCACCUACUGCUCUACCACCCGGAACAUCGCCUACUGCUCCUCCGCCUGGAACAUCACCUACUGUCCCUCCUCCAGGAACUUCACCUACUGCAGCACCACCAGGAACAUCGCCUACUGCAACGCCACCAGGUACUUCUCCAUCUGUCCCACCACCCGGCACAUCGCCUACAGUUGUCUGUACUGAAGUAAAUGGAAUGGAUAAUCCUGCUAUUAUCCCUGCUUCAAGUAUUACAACUGUGCCAGCAGCAACUGAUGUAGAAAACCUGAGACCAGCAAGUACAGACCCAGCCACCUUCCCUGCUGGAAGUACACCAGAUGUAACAAUUGAUUUGACACCAGUCACAAAUGAAGAGGUAGAACUUAAAUCAGUGCAGCUUGUAUCGCCCGAUAAUGUUCAAUCUAUUAGAGUAUUUGUAACUCCAACUGGCGGUUCAGAAACAGAAGCUGCAUACUUGAACCCAGCUGAUUUAUCGUUACCUAGCCCUAAAGCUUCAUUCCCUGCUGGAACAGUAGCCGAAAAAAUCAGAAUCGAAGUAACACCAACCUCUUCAGGCCAGCCUACUUCUUUUAAGAUUGAUGUCAGAGCGUGCUUUGAAGAAACAGCCGGACUCGGUACAUCACCUACAGUGACAAUUGGAACAUCACCUACAGUGGCAAUUGGGACAUCACCAACCUUGGGAUCAACUACACCACGAUGUGUUGUAACAGAAGGAAUGGGAAGCCCAACAGUUAUACCUGAUACUUACCUUGAACAAGAACCUGCCUUCCCAUCGACAGAUAACCCAGCAGAUCUGAGACCAGGCGAUGAUCCAUUUACAAUUAACCCAUCGGACACGCCUACCAACGUCACAUUGAAAGUUACUGGGGGUGAACCCGUUGAUCUGUCAGAAGUAAAUCUUCCAGUCAGGGAAAAUGUCAAGACAUUUAGAGUAUUUGGACGCACGGGACCUUCAGCACCAUGGACCCUACUUGAAUCUACUGAUGAUGAUCCUUCAGACGGUAUUCUUACAUUCCCACCGGAAGUAGUUGUCACAGAUAUUUUGGUAGAGAUAACACCCACAAACAUUACCGAACCAAUUAAUAUUGAUGUUAGUGUACACGCUUGCUUCGUAGUGACAACUGGUACACCAGGAACAUCGCCAACAGGACCACCAGUAGUAACUUCACCUACAUUGCCAGUAGAAGCUGAAUCACCAACUGCAACACAAGGAACGCUACCACCAGUGCCAUCAUCACCCACAGCACCAGGAACAUCACCAACUGCACCCGGAACUUCGCCAACUGUGCCCGGAACUUCUCCCACAGAGAGAUGCGAGGAGAUAAAUGGAAUGGAGAAACCAGCAUUUAUACCAAGUUCAAGUGUUGAGGGUUUGACACCUGACCAAGUGGAUAAUCUAAGGACAAGCGAUGUCCCAUUAUCUAUCAUACCCAACGGCAGCAAUCCUAUACUAUUUACCAUAGAUCUUUCACCUAAUACCGAUGAGGAUGUCGAUCUGGGAUCCAUCACAUUCCCGAAUGCUGAGAAUUUCGAAUCCAUAGAAAUAGUGCUGAUUGAUUCACAGGGCAAUGAAACUCCUGUAACAGAUCAAGCUGGUCUCCAGGACCCGAUACCAAAAGCUGAUUUCCCUCCAGAAACCAAAGCUCAAAAGAUACGAGUUACUAUUGUGCCAACAAACUCUACAGCUGCUGUUAAAUUUAAUUUGGAUGUAAGAGCAUGUUUUGAAGAGACUGCCACAGCAGGAACAUCUCCCACAGCACCUGGAACAUCCCCAACUACAGCGCCAACUGCAACAUCACCUACUGCUCCACCACCCGGAACGUCCCCUACUGCUCCACCACCUGGAACAUCCCCAACUGCUCCACCACCAGGAACAUCGCCAACAGCAGCGCCACCUGGUACAUCACCUACUGCUCUACCACCUGGAACAUCGCCUACUGCUCCUCCGCCUGGAACAUCACCUACUGUCCCUCCUCCAGGAACUUCACCUACUGCAGCACCACCAGGAACAUCGCCUACUGCACCGCCACCAGGUACUUCUCCAUCUGUCCCACCACCCGGCACAUCGCCUACAGCACCAGAAACUUCCCCAACUGGACCCGGGACUUCACCAACUGUGCCAGGAACUUCUCCCACAGUUGUCUGUACUGAAGUAAAUGGAAUGGAUAAUCCUGCUAUUAUCCCUACAUCAAGUAUUACAACUGUGCCAGCAGCAACUGAUGUAGAAAACCUGAGACCAGCAAGUACAGACCCAGCCACCUUCCCUGCUGGAAGUACACCAGAUAUAACAAUUGAUUUGACACCAGUCACAAAUGAAGAGGUAGAACUUAAAUCAGUGCAGCUUGUAUCGCCCGAUAAUGUUCAAUCUAUUAGAGUAUUUGUAACUCCAACUGGCGGUUCAGAAACAGAAGCUGCAUACUUGAACCCAGCUGAUUUAUCGUUACCUAUCCCUAAAGCUUCAUUCCCUGCUGGAACAGUAGCCGAAAAAAUCAGAAUCGAAGUAACACCAACCUCUUCAGGCCAGCCUACUUCUUUUAAGAUUGAUGUCAGAGCGUGCUUUGAAGAAACAGCCGGACUCGGUACAUCACCUACAGUGACAAUUGGAACAUCACCUACAGUGGCAAUUGGGACAUCACCAACCUUGGGAUCAACUACACCACGAUGUGUUGUAACAGAAGGAAUGGGAAGCCCAACAGUUAUACCUGAUACUUACCUUGAACAAGAACCUGCCUUCCCAUCAACAGAUAACCCAGCAGAUCUGAGACCAGGCGAUGAUCCAUUUACAAUUAACCCAUCGGACACGCCUACCAACGUCACAUUGAAAGUUACUGGGGGUGAACCCGUUGAUCUGUCAGAAGUAAAUCUUCCAGUCAGGGAAAAUGUCAAGACAUUUAGAGUAUUUGGACGCACGGGACCUUCAGCACCAUGGACCCUACUUGAAUCUACUGAUGAUGAUCCUUCAGACGGUAUUCUUACAUUCCCACCGGAAGUAGUUGUCACAGAUAUUUUGGUAGAGAUAACACCCACAAACAUUACCGAACCAAUUAAUAUUGAUGUUAGUGUACACGCUUGCUUCGUAGUGACAACUGGUACACCAGGAACAUCGCCAACAGGACCACCAGUAGUAACUUCACCUACAUUGCCAGUAGAAGCUGAAUCACCAACUGCAACACAAGGAACGCCACCACCAGUGCCAUCAUCACCUACAGCACCAGGAACAUCACCAACUGCACCCGGAACUUCGCCAACUGUGCCCGGAACUUCUCCCACAGAGAGAUGCGAGGAGAUAAAUGGAAUGGAGAAACCAGCAUUUAUACCAAGUUCAAGUGUUGAGGGUUUGACACCUGACCAAGUGGAUAAUCUAAGGACAAGCGAUGUCCCAUUAUCUAUCAUACCCAACGGCAGCAAUCCUAUACUAUUUACCAUAGAUCUUUCACCUAAUACCGAUGAGGAUGUCGAUCUGGGAUCCAUCACAUUCCCGAAUGCUGAGAAUUUCGAAUCCAUAGAAAUAGUGCUGAUUGAUUCACAGGGCAAUGAAACUCCUGUAACAGAUCAAGCUGGUCUCCAGGACCCGAUACCAAAAGCUGAUUUCCCUCCAGAAACCAAAGCUCAAAAGAUACGAGUUACUAUUGUGCCAACAAACUCUACAGCUGCUGUUAAAUUUAAUUUGGAUGUAAGAGCAUGUUUUGAAGAGACUGCCACAGCAGGAACAUCUCCCACAGCACCUGGAACAUCCCCAACUACAGCGCCAACUGCAACAUCACCUACUGCUCCACCACCCGGAACGUCCCCUACUGCUCCACCACCUGGAACAUCCCCAACUGCUCCACCACCAGGAACAUCGCCAACAGCAGCGCCACCUGGUACAUCACCUACUGCUCUACCACCUGGAACAUCGCCUACUGCUCCUCCGCCUGGAACAUCACCUACUGUCCCUCCUCCAGGAACUUCACCUACUGCAGCACCACCAGGAACAUCGCCUACUGCACCGCCACCAGGUACUUCUCCAUCUGUCCCACCACCCGGCACAUCGCCUACAGCACCAGAAACUUCCCCAACUGGACCCGGGACUUCACCAACUGUGCCAGGAACUUCUCCCACAGUUGUCUGUACUGAAGUAAAUGGAAUGGAUAAUCCUGCUAUUAUCCCUGCUUCAAGUAUUACAACUGUGCCAGCAGCAACUGAUGUAGAAAACCUGAGACCAGCAAGUACAGACCCAGCCACCUUCCCUGCUGGAAGUACACCAGAUGUAACAAUUGAUUUGACACCAGUCACAAAUGAAGAGGUAGAACUUAAAUCAGUGCAGCUUGUAUCGCCCGAUAAUGUUCAAUCUAUUAGAGUAUUUGUAACUCCAACUGGCGGUUCAGAAACAGAAGCUGCAUACUUGAACCCAGCUGAUUUAUCGUUACCUAUCCCUAAAGCUUCAUUCCCUGCUGGAACAGUAGCCGAAAAAAUCAGAAUCGAAGUAACACCAACCUCUUCAGGCCAGCCUACUUCUUUUAAGAUUGAUGUCAGAGCGUGCUUUGAAGAAACAGCCGGACUCGGUACAUCACCUACAGUGACAAUUGGAACAUCACCUACAGUGGCAAUUGGGACAUCACCAACCUUGGGAUCAACUACACCACGAUGUGUUGUAACAGAAGGAAUGGGAAGCCCAACAGUUAUACCUGAUACUUACCUUGAACAAGAACCUGCCUUCCCAUCGACAGAUAACCCAGCAGAUCUGAGACCAGGCGAUGAUCCAUUUACAAUUAACCCAUCGGACACGCCUACCAACGUCACAUUGAAAGUUACUGGGGGUGAACCCGUUGAUCUGUCAGAAGUAAAUCUUCCAGUCAGGGAAAAUGUCAAGACAUUUAGAGUAUUUGGACGCACGGGACCUUCAGCACCAUGGACCCUACUUGAAUCUACUGAUGAUGAUCCUUCAGACGGUAUUCUUACAUUCCCACCGGAAGUAGUUGUCACAGAUAUUUUGGUAGAGAUAACACCCACAAACAUUACCGAACCAAUUAAUAUUGAUGUUAGUGUACACGCUUGCUUCGUAGUGACAACUGGUACACCAGGAACAUCGCCAACAGGACCACCAGUAGUAACUUCACCUACAUUGCCAGUAGAAGCUGAAUCACCAACCGCAACACAAGGAACGCCACCACCAGUGCCAUCAUCACCCACAGCACCUGGAACAUCACCUACAGCAGCGCCACCUGGAACAUCGCCUACUGCUCCACCACCAGGAACAUCCCCAACAACAGCGCCACCUGCAACAUCACCUACUGCUCCACCACCUGGAACGUCACCUACUGCGCCAACACCUGGAACAUCCCCGUCUGCUCCACCACCUGGAACAUCCCCAUCUGCUCCACCACCUGGCACAUCACCCUCUGUCCCACCACCUGGAACAUCACCUACUGCGCCACCACCAGCAACAUCACCUACUGUUCAACCACCUGGAACAUCCCCUACUGCACGGCCAACUGCUCCACCAACCGGCCUAUCGCCUGCAGCACCAGGAACUUCGCCAACAGCACCCGUAACUUCUCCAACUGUACCCGGAACUUCACCGACAGCGUCUGGAACUUCUCCCACAGCACCAGGAACAUCACCAACUGCACCCGGAACUUCGCCAACUGUACCCGGAACUUCUCCCACAGAGAGAUGCGAGGAGAUAAAUGGAAUGGAGAAACCAGCAUUUAUACCAAGUUCAAGUGUUGAGGGUUUGACACCUGACCAAGUGGAUAAUCUAAGGACAAGCGAUGUCCCAUUAUCUAUCAUACCCAACGGCAGCAAUCCUAUACUAUUUACCAUAGAUCUUUCACCUAAUACCGAUGAGGAUGUCGAUCUGGGAUCCAUCACAUUCCCGAAUGCUGAGAAUUUCGAAUCCAUAGAAAUAGUGCUGAUUGAUUCACAGGGCAAUGAAACUCCUGUAACAGAUCAAGCUGGUCUCCAGGACCCGAUACCAAAAGCUGAUUUCCCUCCAGAAACCAAAGCUCAAAAGAUACGAGUUACUAUUGUGCCAACAAACUCUACAGCUGCUGUUAAAUUUAAUUUGGAUGUAAGAGCAUGUUUUGAAGAGACUGCCACAGCAGGAACAUCUCCCACAGCACCUGGAACAUCCCCAACUACAGCGCCAACUGCAACAUCACCUACUGCUCCACCACCCGGAACGUCCCCUACUGCUCCACCACCUGGAACAUCCCCAACUGCUCCACCACCAGGAACAUCGCCAACAGCAGCGCCACCUGGUACAUCACCUACUGCUCUACCACCUGGAACAUCGCCUACUGCUCCUCCGCCUGGAACAUCACCUACUGUCCCUCCUCCAGGAACUUCACCUACUGCAGCACCACCAGGAACAUCGCCUACUGCACCGCCACCAGGUACUUCUCCAUCUGUCCCACCACCCGGCACAUCGCCUACAGCACCAGAAACUUCCCCAACUGGACCCGGGACUUCACCAACUGUGCCAGGAACUUCUCCCACAGUUGUCUGUACUGAAGUAAAUGGAAUGGAUAAUCCUGCUAUUAUCCCUGCUUCAAGUAUUACAACUGUGCCAGCAGCAACUGAUGUAGAAAACCUGAGACCAGCAAGUACAGACCCAGCCACCUUCCCUGCUGGAAGUACACCAGAUGUAACAAUUGAUUUGACACCAGUCACAAAUGAAGAGGUAGAACUUAAAUCAGUGCAGCUUGUAUCGCCCGAUAAUGUUCAAUCUAUUAGAGUAUUUGUAACUCCAACUGGCGGUUCAGAAACAGAAGCUGCAUACUUGAACCCAGCUGAUUUAUCGUUACCUAUCCCUAAAGCUUCAUUCCCUGCUGGAACAGUAGCCGAAAAAAUCAGAAUUGAAGUAACACCAACCUCUUCAGGCCAGCCUACUUCUUUUAAGAUUGAUGUCAGAGCGUGCUUUGAAGAAACAGCCGGACUCGGUACAUCACCUACAGUGACAAUUGGAACAUCACCUACAGUGGCAAUUGGGACAUCACCAACCUUGGGAUCAACUACACCACGAUGUGUUGUAACAGAAGGAAUGGGAAGCCCAACAGUUAUACCUGAUACUUACCUUGAACAAGAACCUGCCUUCCCAUCGACAGAUAACCCAGCAGAUCUGAGACCAGGCGAUGAUCCAUUUACAAUUAACCCAUCGGACACGCCUACCAACGUCACAUUGAAAGUUACUGGGGGUGAACCCGUUGAUCUGUCAGAAGUAAAUCUUCCAGUCAGGGAAAAUGUCAAGACAUUUAGAGUAUUUGGACGCACGGGACCUUCAGCACCAUGGACCCUACUUGAAUCUACUGAUGAUGAUCCUUCAGACGGUAUUCUUACAUUCCCACCGGAAGUAGUUGUCACAGAUAUUUUGGUAGAGAUAACACCCACAAACAUUACCGAACCAAUUAAUAUUGAUGUUAGUGUACACGCUUGCUUCGUAGUGACAACUGGUACACCAGGAACAUCGCCAACAGGACCACCAGUAGUAACUUCACCUACAUUGCCAGUAGAAGCUGAAUCACCAACUGCAACACAAGGAACGCUACCACCAGUGCCAUCAUCACCCACAGCACCAGGAACAUCACCAACUGCACCCGGAACUUCGCCAACUGUGCCCGGAACUUCUCCCACAGCUCCUGGAACUUCGCCCACUGCACCCGGAACUUCGCCCACAGAGAGAUGCGAGGAGAUAAAUGGAAUGGAGAAACCAGCAUUUAUACCAAGUUCAAGUGUUGAGGGUUUGACACCUGACCAAGUGGAUAAUCUAAGGACAAGCGAUGUCCCAUUAUCUAUCAUACCCAACGGCAGCAAUCCUAUACUAUUUACCAUAGAUCUUUCACCUAAUACCGAUGAGGAUGUCGAUCUGGGAUCCAUCACAUUCCCGAAUGCUGAGAAUUUCGAAUCCAUAGAAAUAGUGCUGAUUGAUUCACAGGGCAAUGAAACUCCUGUAACAGAUCAAGCUGGUCUCCAGGACCCGAUACCAAAAGCUGAUUUCCCUCCAGAAACCAAAGCUCAAAAGAUACGAGUUACUAUUGUGCCAACCAUCACUUCAGCUGCUGUUAAAUUUAAUUUGGAUGUAAGAGCAUGUUUUGAAGAGACUGCCACAGCAGGAACAUCUCCCACAGCACCUGGAACAUCCCCAACUACAGCACCAACUGCAACAUCACCUACUGCUCCACCACCUGGAACGUCCCCUACUGCACCACCACCUGGAACGUCCCCUACUGCACCACCACCAGGAACAUCGCCAACAGCAGCCCCACCUGGUACAUCACCUACUGCUCUACCACCUGGAACAUCGCCUACUGCUCCUCCGCCUGGAACAUCACCUACUGCCCCGCCUCCGGGAACUUCACCCACUGCAGCUCCACCAGGAACAUCGCCUACUGCACCGCCACCAGGUACUUCUCCAUCUGUCCCACCACCCGGCACAUCGCCUACAGCACCAGGAACUUCCCCAACUGGACCCGGAACUUCACCAACUGUGCCCGGAACUUCUCCCACAGCCCCAACAUCCCCAACCGAAAAAAUAACUUCUCCUACAGCAACCCAAGCUAGUACAAUAUUAUCUUCUACUUCAACUGUAUCUACUACCGAGAAGAGAACAACACAGCCAUCAACGACUACUACAUUAGCUCCACCACCAAGCAGUACUCCAUUUGUGUCAACUACAGUUGCCUGUGCUGAAGUAAAUGGUAUGGACAAUCCCGCUAUUAUCCCUGCUUCAAGUAUUACAACUGUGCCAGCAACUGGUGUAGAAAACCUGAGACCAGCAAGUACAGGCCCAGCUACCUUCCCUGCUGGAAGUACACCAGAUGUAACAAUUGAUUUGACACCAGUCACAAAUGAAGAGGUAGAACUUAAAUCAGUGCAGCUUGUAUCGCCCGAUAAUGUUCAAUCUAUUAGAGUAUUUGUAACUCCAACUGGCGGUUCAGAAACAGAAGCUGCAUACUUGAACCCAGCUGAUUUAUCGUUACCUAGCCUUAAAGCUUCAUUCCCUGCUGGAACAGUAGCCGAAAAAAUCAGAAUCGAAGUAACACCAACCGCUUCAGGCCAGCCUACUUCUUUUAAGAUUGAUGUCAGAGCGUGCUUUGAAGAAACAGCCGGACUCGGUACAUCACCUACAGUAGCAAUUGGAACAUCACCUACAGUGGCAAUUGGAACAUCACCAACCUUGGGAACAACUACACCACGAUGUGUUGUAACAGAAGGAAUGGGAAGCCCAACAGUUAUACCUGAUAUUUACCUUGAACAAGAAGCUGGCUUCCCAUCGACAGAUAACCCAGCAGAUCUGAGACCAGGCGAUGAUCCAUUUACAAUUAACCCAUCGGACACGGCUACCAACGUCACAUUGAAAAUUACUGAUGGUGAACCCGUUGAUCUGUCAGAAGUAAAUCUUCCAGUCAGGGAAAAUGUCAAGACAUUUAGAGUAUUUGGACGAACGGGACCUUCAGCACCAUGGACCCUACUUGAAUCUACUGAUGAUGAUCCUUCAGACGGUAUUCUUACAUUCCCACCGGAAGUAGUUGUCACAGAUAUUUUGGUAGAGAUAACACCCACAAACAUUACCGAACCAGUUAACAUUGAUGUUAGUGUACACGCUUGCUUCGUAGUGACCACUGGUACAGAAGGAACCUCACCAACAGGACCACCACUAGUUACUUCACCUACAUUACCAGUGCAAGUUGAAUCAUCAACUGCAACACAGGGCACACCACCACCACCCACAGCUGUCUGCACAAGACUCGAGGGUAUGGAUAGUCCAGCUUUUAUUCCCAUAACCAGCAUCUCGGCUCCAAACGUCGAUAGUCCUGAAAAUCUUCGACCAGGCGAGAGCAAGGCCGUCUUCGUGGCAGGUACUAGUCCAGAAAUUACAAUAGAUUUGGUUUCUAAUAGCGACGAUGCUGUAGAACUUGUAUCCGUUCGUCUACCAAACGCCGAAAAUGUUGGAUCUGUGACAGUAUUCAUUACUGAUGCUGAUGGAAGUGAAUCGCCUGCAGUAACGACACCAGACUCACAAACCAGUGGUAACAACCCAACAAUUAAUUUGGUUGCUGGAACUCAAGCUAGAAGUAUCCGCAUUGUUAUAACACCAACUGAUAACACUACUGAUGUGUCUGUGGAUCUGGAGAUAAUAGCAUGCUUCGAGGUAACAGCCGAAGUAGGAACAUCACCAACGGCCGAAGUAGGAACAUCACCAACAGUUGUCUGUGCUGAAGUAAAUGGAAUGGAUAAUCCUGCUAUUAUCCCUGCUUCAAGUAUUACAACUGUGCCAGCAGCUGAUGUAGAAAACCUGCGACCAGCAAGUACAGACCCAGCUACUUUCCCUGCUGGAAGUACACCAAACGUAACAAUUGAUUUGACACCAGUCAGUGAUGAAGAGGUAGAACUUAAAUCAGUGCAGCUUGUAUCACCACAGAAUGUUGAAUCUAUUAGAGUAUUUGUAAUUGCAACUGACGGUUCAGAAACAGAAGCUGCAUACUUGAACCCAGCUGAUUUAUCAUUACCUAGCCUUAAAGCCUCAUUCCCAGCUGGAACAGUAGCCGAAAAUAUCAGAAUCGAAAUAACACCAACAUCUGUAGACCAGCCUACUUCUUUCAAGAUUGAUGUCAGAGCCUGCUUCGAAGAAACAGCCGGACUCGGUGCAUCACCUACAGUGGCAAUUGGAACAUCACCUACAGUGGCAAUUGGAACAUCACCAACCUUGGGAACAACUACACCACGAUGUGUUGUAACAGAAGGAAUGGAAAGCCCAACAGUUAUACCUGAUACUUACCUUGAACAAGAACCUGGCUUCCCAUCGACGGAUAACCCAGCAGAUCUGAGACCAGGCGAUGAUCCAUUUACAAUUAACCCAUCGGACACGCCUACCAACAUCACAUUGAAAAUUACUGAUGGUGAACCCGUUGAUCUGUCAGAAGUAAAUCUUCCAGUCAAGGAAAAUGUCGACACAUUUAGAGUAUUUGGACGUACGGGACCUUCAGCACCUUGGACCCUACUUACAUCAACUGAUGAUGAUCCUUCAGACGGUAGUCUUACAUUCCCACCGGAAGUAGUUGUCACAGAUAUUUUGGUAGAGAUAAAACCCACAGACACUACCAAACCAGUUGACAUUGAUGUUAGUGUACACGCUUGCUUCGUAGUAACAACUGGAACAGCAGGAACCUCACCUACAGUUGUCUGUGCUGAAGUAAAUGGAAUGGAUAAUCCUGCUAUUAUCCCUGCUUCAAGUAUUACAACUGUGCCAGCAACUGAUGUAGAAAACCUGAGACCAACAAGUACAGACCCAGCCACCUUCCCUGCUGGAAGUACACCAGAUGUAACAAUUGAUUUGACACCAGUCACAAAUGAAGAGGUAGAACUUAAAUCAGUGCAGCUUGUAUCACCACAGAAUGUUGCAUCUAUUAGAGUAUUUGUAACUCCAACUGGCGGUUCAGAAACAGAAGCUACGUACUUGAACCCAGCUGAUUUAUCAUUACCUAGCCUUAAAGCCUCAUUCCCAGCUGGAACAGUAGCCGAAAAUAUCAGAAUCGAAGUAACACCAACAUCUGUAGACCAACCUACUGUUUUCAAGAUUGAUGUCAGAGCCUGCUUCGAAGAAACAGCUGGUACAGCAGGAACCUCACCUACAGGACCACCAGCAGUUACUUCACCUACAUUACCAGCAACACAAGGAACGCCAUCAUCACCCACAGGCUGUGUAAGGGAAUUCGGACCAUGGGAAGAAUGGGGACCAUGUACACCAUGCAUGAACGGUACACGAUCACGAACAAGGAAUUGUGCCACAUGUUGUGGAGAUAACAGCACUCCCGAUGUCGAAACCGAAGCAUGUAAUAGCUGUCAAUGUAGUUUGAACGAAGCUGAUAUUAUUGCUGAACUGACCUUCCUGCCGGCUAACAACGAGUUGGGUUAUUUGGUCAACGAUCAAGGUCAGGUUGUAAAGAAUAACGAAACUUUAGUACGAUUUGGAAAUGGACAGAUGUUGGCAUCAGGAGUUACUGUCGUUGGUCAGUGCCUUAACUGCACUUGUGAAAUGGACGGCACACUAAAAUGUACUGUCAUGGAUUGCGAAUGUCCAGAAUGGGCACCAUGGAGUGACUGUUCAAAGAACUGUGGAGGCGGAGAAAGAACCCGAACACGUAAUGCACAACCCGCUGGUAGCUCAUCGAACUGUUCAGCACCAGAAGUCGAGCCAUGUAAUGAACAACCAUGUUCAACACCAACACCCGAAUGCUGGAGUACAUGGAGUGAAUUUUCAAACUGCCCAACUUCAGCCUGCCUACAGACGACUCAAACAAGAAGCAGGACAUGUAGUAAUAAUACUGCUGGCUGUGUAUGUUCCGAAGCCCUUCAAUCUGAAAGCCGAGACUGUGCAGUUUCCUGUCCAUCAACACCCAUAUGUGAAACGAACCAAUUCUACAACAGUAAUUGUUCAUUACCAAGUGUACAAUCAUGUAGAGAUAUGCGACUAGGAUCAACACCACAAGAAGUAUACAACAAUGAAACAUGCUUACCAGCAUGUAGAUGUGAAGAAAAUAGAUUCACAUACAACCAAAUGUGUCUGGAAAGAGAAGAAUGUCCAUGUUUCGACAGUGAUGGUAACGAAUACCCAGUCGGAUUUUCAACUAAUAACACACAAACAUGUGAAGAAUGCAAAUGUGAUAUGCUCAACGGAUACGUAUGUACACCAAUCCAAGAUUGUUGUGUAUACGGCGAAUGGUCAGUAUGGUCAGACUGUGUCAGCAACUGUUCUGUGGGCACAGAAGGUGUACGAUCACGUUCCAGAACUUCUAACAGCCCAACAUGUCCCAAACCAACAGAUGUUGAGACUGAACCCUGUCAGAGCCCAUGCCCAUGUGUUCUCGAAAAUGGUACUGAACUUCCAAAUGGUCAAUCUGUUUCUGAAAACUGCACAAAAUGCGAAUGUAAGAAUGGAACCCUUGAUUGUGGUCCAGAUGCUGUACAAGAUGUUGAUGGACAAUGGUCAACAUGGACACAAUGGAGUAAUUGCUCGAAGGACUGCAGAAAUUACAACAAGACCAGAUACCGAAUCUGUGGAUCACCCGAGGCUGAAUGUAACGGAGCUACAUGUGUUGGUGACGCACAAGAAACAGAAUUAUGUGGUCCAGAUCCAUGCUGUGAUUUCAUCUUUGGCGAUUACACACCUUGUAGCCAGAACUGCUCAAGCAAUGGAACAGUAGGAACACGAUCACGACCCAAGAUCUUGGUCAACCAAAACGAAGCUAAUGUUUGUCUCAGCAUUGACCCAGUAGUAGAACAAUGUAAUAACGAACCAUGUCUAUGUGUUAACGGUACAGAAUGGGGACCAUGGUCUCAAUGUUCUCUCAACGGCAAAACAGUACCAGAAGAAUGCGGAUGGGGAACACACACUCGAACAAGAACUGUUCGUGCCGAAUGUGUCCAAUCUACACCCGCCUCAGAGACCGAGCCGUGUUUCUUACAGGACUGCAAUUGUACCGAACCUAAUGAGAAACCCAGCAACUUCACUGCUUGUGAAUACACAUGUGGAAUGGAUACACCACCAGAUAACUGCGAGACAGGAACACCAGAAUUUACAUGUAUAUGUGCUGACGGCUACAGACGGUUGGAUGGAUCAUGUGUUGAACCUGUUGAAUGUGAAAAAUGUGUUUUCAAUGGUGUCACAUAUGGAGUUAAUGAAACAUGGAAGGACGCCGAUGGUUGCACAAGUCACCAAUGUUUGGACGGAAAGAUCAUAGACUAUCCAAAAGCAUGCGACGAUAUCAGCACUUGUAAUCUGACCACCCAUAGCCUCGUACCCGACCCAUGUUGUGGAACUGUUUGUAAACCAAAGACUUGUUCAAUGGCAGUCUUCUCCGGUGAAGUCUCGUUCGAAAACUGUGUUUCAACACAAAACAUCACAUACAAUUAUUGCGAGGGUGAAUGCGGACCAAGUUCUUUCAUACCCGACUUCGCCUCUGGUAACAUGAUCAAGAACUGUAAGUGCUGCACUGGAACAUACACUGGUUCGAAGACAUACACGUUUAACUGUGGAGGUACAAACAGAGAUGUACAAAUACCAGAAAUAUCAUCUUGUGGAUGUGAUAAAUGUAAUGAUACAGCUUAAUAAAUGGAAAACAAGGACCAAAUGUUCGUAGAUAAAUCUAGAAAUAAAGAUGAUUUUAAUGUUAAAUAAUAUUAUAAUAAUAACUGAGCAAUAAAUUAUAUAUACCAAA